AUGUCGAGAUUGGGCAUCAGGAGGGCAAAGGCCAUCUAUGGCAGACGGUGGCUACAAGCCAACUGGCACAGCACCGAGCAGGACGAGCGUCGUUGGAUUAAGACAGUCACGUGGCUGGGGCCGACUGACAGCGCGAAACGCGUCCGCACCCCCGAGGCGCCUGCUCAGCCGGCGAGACGUUCUAGUCGCCAAAGACAGCCCACGAGGAAGGCGGCGCCGCCCAGCAGCGACGCCGAAGGAGAGUUUAGCGCGUUGGGCGUUCAAAACGAGGUCGAGGAGGUUAGCUCGGGGCUGUCCGCCCCGGAGGAUGAGCCCGAGAUAACUGCCCGCGAACCGGUCUCGAAGAAGCGCGCCUUUGCCACCAAAGCAAAGGCGGCACGGGCGCCAACGGUUCCUGCAGAGAUAGAGGUGAAAGUAACGGCGGCGGUGGCACUGAUCUCAGCGCCGUUUCUCGGCCCUAAACAGGCUAAGCUCAGCGAUACCUCAACGUCCCGCUCCGUCUUCCUAGAAACGCCCGCCAGCGAGGGCGACUUCGGCGUCAGCGCGACAGUAACGUUAGGCGAGACGUUCGGGCCUAGCAAGAUUAACCGGCUUGUUGCCGUGGCGUUAGCUAAAAAUGGGCUUACUGGGAGAGCCACCGCCAAGUUUGCCUUCUCGCAGGCGGUCGUUGGCUACCGCCCAGAGCGAGGGCCGUCGGUGAUAGAGCUAGAGCUUCUGCUUGAGCUUCUGCUUGAGCCUAACGACUUUGACCCAGCAGAUCUGUACGGCGAGGUGCCUGGGAAAGAUAUCGUCGAGACAAGCGCUUCCGAAGGCGACGGCGCCGUCGCCGUCGCCCGCUGGCGCGCCGUUAAGCUCGUAAACAACGGCGCCGUUACCGGCCGCCGUGAAGCCGUCGUUAACUUAAGCUUUCCGUGA